AUGUCCGGUCCCGGGGUGCGUUCAGAGACCGUGACGCUCAGCGGCUCCGAGGACGUCGAGAAAACGGGCGCGGCGCCUGACGUCAGACGUCAGUCCAAACAAGACAUCGGAGUGGCCCAGACCGUUCCUGCUCCCGACGACGACCCCUUCCUAGUCAAGCUCGAGCCUGAGGACGACCCCCUCCUCCUGCCACGAUGGCGAAAGUGGCUUGCCAUUCUGGUCAUCAGCUCCUCCUCCCUCUGCGCCACAUUCGCGUCCUCAGUCGCCGCAUUCACUGAGGCAGGGCUCGCAAGAGACUUGCAUACCGUCCAUGAAGUCACCAUCCUUAGCAUCAGCCUCUACGUCUUGGGUCUAGGAAUCGGGCCUUUGGUGGUGGGACCGCUGUCGGAGCUGUACGGUCGGAACAUCAUCUAUCGCACGUCGUACAUUCUAUUCUUCGCCUUCACAUUCCCCACCGUGUUCCCGCCAGACAUCGCCACCUUCCUCGUCUUCCGCUUCAUCACAGGAUUGUGCGGUUCCGCUUUCCUCAGCGUCGCGGGAGGGAGUGUGAGUGACUUGUUCGAUGAUGCUCAUGUUGCAACUCCUAUGGCGGUCUACACUAUAUCCCCGUUCAUUGGGCCCGUUAUCGGUCCUCUUGUCGCAGGUUUCGUCGUGGACUUUGCCGACUGGAGAUGGUGCUAUCGCGCACUCAUCAUAUGGCAAUUUGUUCAGACUGUUCUUCUGUUCACAUGCGUUCAAGAGACCUAUGUUCCCGUCAUUCUAAAGCGCAAGGCCAAGAGGCUGCGGAAGACUGUAGAUGAAAAGUACUACGCCCCACUGGACCACAAUGACAAGAGUCUUUUCGAUAUGCUCACUUUCAGUAUCAAGACCCCCUUCCAGCUCAUCAUGUACGACCAAAUGGCCUUGUUGCUCGAUCUUUGGUCCUCCGUGCUAUUAGGCAUCCUCUAUCUUGCUUUCCAAGCAUUUCCGAUCAUAUUCGAGGGUGUUCAUGGCUUCAGUGCUCAUGAAACCGGACUGGCGUUCCUGGGCAUUUCCGUCGGAAUGUUGCUUUCGCUUUCAAGCCAGCCAUACUGGAACACCGUUUUCAGCAGAGAAAGCAAGAUUCAUGGAGGUAAACCGCCACCAGAAGUUCGCUUGCUUAUCGCCAUGCCUGGAGCUAUCCUAGCGCCUUUAGGUCUGUUCAUUAUGGCGUUCACCACCUAUCCUCAAGUCCACUGGAUCGGGCCUGUCAUCGGCUCCUCCGUGUUUGGCGCGGGCACCUACUUCAUUUUCACCGGAGUGUUCACAUAUCUCGUCACUGCCUACCGACCAAUCGCCGCAAGUGCAAUGGCUGCGAACAGCGCUCUACGGUCGUCCUUCGCAGCCGCAUUCCCCCUCUUCGCUGGUCAGAUGUAUGAUGCCCUAGGUACAGUUGGGGCCACCGCGCUUCUUGCCGGUCUAAUGACUAUCAUGGCACCUUUGCCAUUCAUUUUCUACAGAACUGGUGCACGGAUACGCGCAAAAUCUCGCUUUGCAGCGUCAUGA